AAUUUUGAUUUAAACACAUUAAUUUUUGUUAGGGGUUUUGAGCUGAAAUGUGGUGGUUCUUUUAGUUUGAAGGGUUAGUCUGUGUGAGAAUCUGGGUUUAUUAACUGGUGACGAAGAUCAAGAGCGGAGGAUGCUGAAUUUGUUUGUGCUCUGCUGCGAAAUAGGUUUUGGGUGAACAUUUAUAAAUAUAUAUAUUUUCUGCAAAAUAACUCCAAGUUUCACAUAGUGCUGGUGUUGAAUUGGCGGAGGGAGGGGAUAUUAAUUAGCAGCUGAAAUUGGUUGGUGCCAUUGCAUUUUAGCCUUUAUUUCUUGAAUCUGCAAUAUGAAACCUACUGCUGCCCUGAAUCAGCCCUCUCCUGAAGCAGGCGGCGAAAAUAACUGUCUUAAUUCCGAACUAUGGCAUGCUUGUUCCGGUCCUCUUGUUUCUCUACCUUGUAUUGGAAGUCAUGUUGUCUAUUUUCCUCAAGGCCACAGCGAGCAGGUUGCUGUAUCUACCAACCAGGAAGUUGAUGCUCAAAUACCGAAUCAUCCAACCUUGCCUCCGCAACUCAUUUGUCAGCUUCAUAACGUGACUAUGCACGCUGACAUUGAGACUGAUGAAGUUUAUGCUCAGUUGACCUUGCAACCGUUGAGCCCACAAGAGCAGAAGGAGGUGUCGUUUCUUCCAGCAGAUUUAGGUUGUUCGAGCAGACAGCCAACGAAUUACUUCUGCAAGACUUUGACAGCUAGCGACACCAGUACUCAUGGUGGAUUUUCAGUUCCGCGCCGUGCAGCUGAAAAAGUGUUUCCACCAUUGGACUUUUCCCUCCAACCUCCAGCUCAAGAGUUGAUUGCCAGGGAUCUUCAUAACAACGAGUGGAAAUUCAGACAUAUUUUCCGGGGUCAGCCAAAGAGGCAUCUUCUUACAACAGGGUGGAGCGUUUUCGUGAGUGCAAAAAGACUCGUUGCUGGCGAUUCAGUACUUUUCAUAUGGAAUGAAAAGAACCAACUGUUUCUUGGUAUAAGACGUGCUAAUCGGCCACAAACAGUCAUGCCUUCUUCGGUUUUAUCGAGUGAUAGUAUGCAUUUGGGCCUACUUGCUGCUGCCGCUCAUGCAGCUGCUACGAAUAGCCGUUUCACCAUAUUUUAUAAUCCCAGAGCUAGUCCCUCUGAAUUCGUCAUACCUCUUGCCAAAUACGUAAAAGCUGUAUAUCACACUCGGGUUUCUGUCGGCAUGCGCUUCCGCAUGCUGUUCGAGACAGAAGAAUCUAGUGUUCGUCGCUACAUGGGCACAAUAACAGGCGUAAGUGACAUGGAUUCUGUCAGGUGGCCUAAUUCACACUGGCGUUCGGUUAAGGUUGGCUGGGAUGAAUCUACUGCUGGAGAAAAGCAGCAAAGAGUGUCACUUUGGGAAAUCGAGCCGUUAACAACAUUCCCGAUGUACCCUUCUCCGUUUCCUCUGAGACUGAAGCGGCCAUGGCCGCCACCAACUGGCUUCACAUCCUUCGCCGGAAUGAAGAGUGAUGACAUGGCAUUGAACUCUCACCUCAUGUGGCUCCGUGGAGGAGAUGGUUUUGGUGGAGGUGGAGGAAUGCAAUCUCUCGGACAAGGAAUGGGGGUCCCACCAGCCUGGAUGCAGCAGCAGCAGCAGCAGCCACCGUUUGCCGCCAUGCAAAACAACGAUGUUUACCAAGCUAUGGUGGACCCCACCAAACAGAUGCUUUCAUCGAUUAUGCAGCACCAGCAUCUGAUGAAUCAGCCUUCGUUUCUUCAAAGUCUUCCAUUAAGCAGUUACCAGCCUCAGGCGGCACCACCACCACAACAACAAUCACAUGCUACUAACCUUCUUCACCAACAAAUGCUCCACCAAAACUCGUACAAUAACAACGUCUUACAAAUCCAUCAGCAAAAUCAACUGUCGUCUACUCCGAUUCAACACGCUUUCGAUUCUCAACUGUCUCCAAACAUCAAACCUGUUGCGGGCAAUAUUAAUUCGCCCCUGCACAGUUUAUUGGGCUCAGUCAGCCAAGAAAGUGGCUGGCCCACAAAGAGGGUUGCUCUCGAUCCACUCCUCUCCGGUGGAAUGUCACCACAGGCUAACAUAGCCCACGACUCGGUUUCUUUGCCUCCAUUUCCUGGCAGAGAGUGCCUUAUAGAGCAAGAAAGUACCGACCCUCAAAACCAUUUCCUAUUCGGAGUUAAUAUAGACUCUUCCUCAUCCCUUCUAAUGCAGAACAGUAAUGAAAUCGAUAAUGCAAGCAUGGGAUUUGCCUCGUCUAGCUACAUGCAUAGUGAUUACUCGAUGAAUCCAGCUGUCACCACUUCGAGCGGCUGCAUUGACGAGUCGGGUUUUCUGCUGUCUUCGGAUAAUAACGCGGGGAACGCAAAUCCUCCCAAUAGAACCUUCGUUAAGGUUUAUAAGUCGGGGUCGUUUGGAAGGUCGUUGGAUAUCACAAAGUUUAGCAGCUACCAUGAGCUGCGGAGUGAGCUUUCGAAGAUGUUCGGGCUUGAAGGACAAUUGGAAGGCCCGUUGAGAUCAGGCUGGCAGCUUGUAUUUGUUGACCGAGAAAACGAUGUUCUUCUUCUCGGUGAUGACCCGUGGCAGGAGUUUGUAAACAGUGUGUGGUGUAUAAAGAUUCUGUCGCCACAGGAGAUUCAAGAUAUGGGAAAACGGGGUUUGGAACUUUUGAACUCCGUUCAUAAUCGACAGAGAUCGAACGGGAGUUGCGAUAGCUAUGGAGGACAGCAGGAGUCUAGGAAUAUUAGUGCUGGCAUACCAUCUGUUGGCACUCUUCAUUUCUGAACAGUUUUUCUUCUUCUUUUUAUUUAUAUAUAUAUAUAUAGAUACAUUAUCUCUGCUUGCUUGUACAAUAUUAUUACCAUCAUUUUCCAGCUCUGGUAAGUGUUAGGCAAGAAAAUUAUGUUUCUAACCUAAAACCUUUUAUAUAGAUAAGUAUGUUCUGUAAUUAUGAUAAUCCUCUGUUUUUAUGUCUUAAUUCCAUAAUAUUGCCC